AUGGCAGGGUUAGAGCAAUCGUUGUUUCAACUUAAAUUUACGGCGAAACAGCUUAACAGACAGGCGUCGAAAGCUGCGAAGGAGGAAUUACAAGAGAAGGCCAAAACCAAGAAGGCGAUGAUGCAAGGUAAUAAUGAUAUUGCGCUGUUGUAUGCGCAAAAUGCUAUAAGAAAGUCCAACGAAAGAGUGAACUUGUUGAGAUUGGCAUCGAGAAUAGAUGCGGUUGCGUCGAGGGUCCAAACAGCGGUGACCAUGAGAUCGGUGACGGGCAAUAUGACCCAGGUGAUCAAGGGCAUGGAUAAGGCGCUCCAGACCAUGAAUCUCGAGCGAAUCUCAGUGGUGAUGGACAAGUUUGAGAACCAAUUUGAAGAUUUGGAUGCGGCGACCAAUUACUACGAGGGUGCCACCAACAACGUCAAUGCGUUGACCACCCCACAGGAAGAAGUGGACGAGCUCAUGAACCAGAUCGCGGACCAGGCGGGCAUCGAAAUGAAACAGGGUCUCAACGAAACCAACGUCGAAGUGUCUGCUCCUCCAACGGCCAAUAUGACCGAAGAAAAAGAAGACCAGUUGGCCGAGAGAUUGAGAGCAUUGCGGAACUGA